UGUGUUUCCUUUGUCCCAAUCCCAAGGACGUGCCAACCCAGCUGGAGACUCCCAGAAAUCCACCGUCUAUGUUCCGAUCCUUCCUGCAGUCUUACCUGUACGGGAAUGUGAGGCCCCGAUGGCCUUCCAAGCAGCUUCUGCAGACAAAGUGGCUGGAGGGCACAACAGCAGCACCAGAACCUCUGCUGGCUCCCUCUCUUUCUGGACAAGAGGGUAAAGAAGAGGAAGUGGACAAUGAACCCGUGGCUGUUGUUGGAGCCGCAGAGCCUGAAGAAAUUAAAUCAGGCACAACAGCAGCACCAGAACCUCUGCUGGCUCCCUCUCUUUCUGGACAAGAGGGUAAAGAAGAGGAAGUGGACAAUGAACCCGUGGCUGUUGUUGGAGCCGCAGAGCCUGAAGAAAUUAAAUCAGGCACAACAGCAGCACCAGAACCUCUGCUGGCUCCCUCUCUUUCUGGACAAGAGGGUAAAGAAGAGGAAGUGGACAAUGAACCCGUGGCUGUUGUUGGAGCCGCAGAGCCUGAAGAAAUUAAAUCAAUCCUCAAGAGCUCUGCAAUGGCAGGUGUUGCUGCAGCACCACAACCUAAAGAAGUCUCCUUGCCCGACACUGAAAUGCCAAGCACAAGCACUGGCAAAAGAGCCACUGGGAAAAAAUGCACACAGAAAACAAGCACUGGGAAGAAAAGCUCUGCAGAAACCAGCACAGGGAGAAAAAGCUCAGACCAGCCACAACUGAUAUCCUCACUAACAAGUAUUUACCUCGCCGAUCUCAAGGGCAUUGUGAGUGAGGAGAACCCUAUGAAGAAAUACACUUUACAGCAGCAAAUUGGCCAAGGGACUUUUGGAACAGUUUUCCGAGGAGUUGACAUUGCCACAGGAAGACGGGUGGCCAUCAAGAAGAUUUUUGUUCUCGACAGAAAGAACAAAAGGGAGCUUGUUUUAACUGAGGUUGCAGUCCUGAAGAGAAUGAGGCACCCCAAUAUCAUUCGCUACAUAGACAGCUACCUUUUCAAUGAAGAACUCUGGCUGGUGACGGAAUAUGUGGAGGGAUGCACCUUAGGCGAUGUCAUUUCCAUACAAGCUCUUGAGGAAGAGAUGAUAGCCUCUAUCAGUCGGGAGUGCCUGAAUGCCCUGGAUUUCCUUCAUUCAGAUCUAGUGAUCCACAGAGACAUCAAAAGUGACAAUAUUCUUCUCGGAAUGGAUGGAUCUGUCAAACUGAUUGAUUUUGGCUUCUGUGCUUGGCUUAAUCCCUGGGAGAAGAAACGGACAUCUUUCAUUGGGACUCCUUUCUAUAUGGCACCAGAAAUGUUGAGAGGAGACAGAUAUGGUGCCAAAGUGGAUAUCUGGGCCCUUGGGAUCAUGGCACUAGAAAUGGUGGAUGGUCCUACACAGGUAAGGUGCAAAUACUGUCAGAGAGCCCUGCCUUUCUCCCCUGAGCCAUAUCUUUCUCCCACUCACAUCAGCUUGAACUAG